CCUCUCCUCCACCUUAUUAAAUUCUCAACUUCGCCAAGUUUCCUUGUUCCUUCCCUCCGCUCCUCCUCUCAAUAUUUAUUUAUUCAUUCAUUUCUUCUUGUUGAAAACUUCAAACCAAUUUCCUGCCGAAUUCUCAACAAGAAGCAGAGAAAACACACAUUUCCCCCUCAAACAGAUUUCAACCAUGGUCGAACUCCACAAGAUCAUGAAAUUCCGCUAUGGAGAACCCACAAGCGCUUCUUCCUCCCCGUUGCUCUCCGAAUCCGCUAGAAGCUUCCUUCAAAUCUCCACCGCCAAUGCCGAAACCAGCAGCAGUGAGCUCAGCGACGACAGCCCUUCCCAAUCUUUCCGGUUUGUUCCCAAAAGUGUCGAUCGAGAAAACUUAGGCCCGUUUCCGUUCAAAUCUGUAUCUGGGUCGUUGUCGCACAGGUCUCUAGCGAUUCUAUCCGGCCACCUGGGCUCCGUUUCCUGCUUGGCUCUCUGCGGCGAGUUCAUUCUGAGCGCCUCGCAGGGGAAAGACAUCAUAGUCUGGCAGCAGCCGGAUUUGAGGAUGUUUACCAAGUUUGGGCAGGGAGAUGGAUCGGUGAAGGCGUUGGUGACAGUUGGCAACAAAGUGUUCACGGCGCAUCAGGACAGCAGGAUUCGGGUGUGGAAAGUGUCGAGGAGCUCAGAGAAUGUAUUCAAGCUGCUCGACACAAUGCCUACGAGAAAGGACUACCUGGGGAAGUUUAUGAAGCAGAGCAAUUAUGUCCAAACGAGAAGGCACCACAGGAAGCUUUGGAUUGAGCACGCCGACAGCAUUUCCUGCUUGGCAGUCCACAGUGGAUUCAUCUACUCUGGCUCCUGGGACAAGACCCUUAAGGUCUGGAGAGUAUCCGAUUUGAAGUGCUUGGAAUCGAUCAAAGCCCAUGAUGAUGCCAUUAAUGGGCUGGCUGCCUAUAAAGGGAUGGUGUAUUCGGCUUCAGCUGAUGGAAAAAUCAAAGCUUGGGGGAUGGGAAGUAGUGGGAGGACAGUUACAAACUCAAACAAUCCAUUGUCAUCGUCAUCUCCUCCUACUCAUUCUUUGAAGGGGAUUCUGGAGGGGCAUAAGGAUGUUUCGUUCAAUUCAGUGAUAGUUUCAGAGGAUGGGAAGUGGGUUUAUGGCGGGGGUUCGGAUGGGUUUGUGAUGGGAUGGGAAGGGGAAGGGAAUUUUGUGAGCUGGAAAUUGGUGUGUGAGGUGAAAGCUCAUGUGAUGGCUGUUCUGUGUAUGUGUAUGGUGGGUGAGUUGGUGUUCAGCGGGUCGGCCGAUAGGAGUAUUGGGAUAUGGAAGAGGGAAGCUUUUGGGAAGCUGUUGAAAAUUGGGGUGAUUUCGGGUCAUGAAGGACCUGUCAAGUGCUUACAAGCUUCGAGCAGUAACGUUGGGGGUGGGUUUAUGCUGUACAGUGGUGGACUCGACAAGAGCAUUAGAGUCUGGUGGGUUCCCAGCCGGCAGCAGGAAAGCUCUAAACCACAGCAUGAGGAGAAGUCCCUAACUCUCUGACAAGGCAGUUGACACGAAAGCACUGAUUGAUUCAGAGAUUUUUGGGUUCAGUGCUUUCAACUUUGUUGGUAGUUCAAGCUGUUGAGUUGAUUAUCAUAUGUGGGGAGAGAUUAGAUGAUAGGCAAGGAUGUGAUGACCUUUUGUUACUGUUCUGGGUUCUGGAAGCUCUGUUUGUAUGUAGGGCAAGACUUGACACUUUUUUUUCUUUCAAUCAUUUGGGGAGGGUGUUGUGGUUAUUUACACGCGGGUUUCAGAUUGUUUUUAUUUGGUAUCAGACUGUAAUUACGUGUGGUUCAACAGACUAUAAUCGAAAACCGAACGAAUGGGACUUUUUUC